AGGAGGAGGAGGCGGGAGGGAAACACAACAGGAAAACCCUGGGAAAGAAGAGCUUGUUCUUGGGUAAAUCCUGUCUUUGAGCAGACUCCGUGGUUGUUGUUGGAGUAAAGGAGCUGGGAGUGUGUGGGACAGCCGGAGGACUGAGGUGAGCUCUGAGGAGCCUCUUACCCUGAACAAUACUCCUGUGACUUUCUGUAGGAGUGUGGAAACCGUGGAUUAUUACAGAUUAUCAUCUAUUCUGGCCUAAAUACGACCUCCAGACUUCAGGAGCCGAUGACAUUUAGGAACGACCCAGAAUGACUUCUACAAGUCCACUGCUCUGUCAUCCUGUGGCGUCUCUUCCUAACGGGAUGCCACACACGGGUGAAGACGACGAAGACGAGCAGGGGGAGAAGUUCGAGUUUGACGACGAGUACGACAUCGGACCUCCAGAGACGACCUCUACCUCUCUGAUGAAGAGCGACAUGACCAGAACAGAAGAGAAGAACCAGACGAUUCAAGCUGUGAAUGAAACGACAGCCAGCGGCGGGCAGAAAAACCCCACACUGUACCCACAGCACUGCUUUGGUAUGGAGGUCAGAGAGUCACCAGAGGGACGCUCCACCUCGUCUGAUCUGGGAGUAACGGGAGAGUCGGAGAGUUUCUGGAAGUCCAGCUGUAUUUAUGAAGGAAAGGAUUCUGUCAUGUCUGAAGGCUGCCAGAACGAGCCCAGCUGUGCCGUAAACGGGUGCAGCCCACAUCAGGACCCCGCUGAGGACAAGGAGUCCUCUUCAGUCCUUCCUCAGAGCGAUCAUCACUCUGCAGACAUAGAGGGACUGAAAAGCACGAGCACAGAGACGCCCUGCAGCCCAGACGGUGUGUUCAAAGACCCUGAGGUGGUUUAUGAUGACGUGCCUGCAGAGGGCCUGCCACACCCAAUGGAAGAUGUUGAUAAUAUCUACGAGGACAUCCAGAGACCAGAUCUUCACCGCAGCUCCAAUGGCUGGAGCUCCAGUGAGUUUGAGAGUUAUGAUGAGACGUCUGACAGCGAGGCCGUUCCUCCGACCGCCAAAAACAGCAGCAGCAAGCUGCCCGCUGAUGUUCUGAGGCUGAAGGAGCGCUGUGCUGUCACCAGGAAGGAGCUGGCGGUGCGUCUCAGUACUCCACAUGUUGCUAACAUCAGACAGAGCUGUGACACUAAGGUGCAGCAGUUGAUGAAAGCAGCGAGGAAUGGUACCAAGGACGGUUUGGAAAAGACAAAGUUAGCCAUGAUUCGCAAAGUGUCAUUUCUGCAGAGAAAAGACUCCACAGGUGAUGGGAAGGACGAUGCAGGUUACAUGGACGUGUCCGUCUGUGAGUUUAAACAUCCUCCUCCUCAGCUCUGCCCCAUGCCUGAAGGACUCAGCAGUCAGCAGGUGGUCAGACGUCUCAUCCUCAGCUCCAUCGUGCAGAGUGAGAGCAGCUACCUGGACUCUCUGAAGAGAAUCCUCCAGGAGUACCAGAAGCCCAUGCUGGAGCCUCAGAACUGGAUCCUGAGCCCUAAGAAGGUCCGUCAGAUCUUCUUCCGUCUGCAGGAGAUCCAUCAGUGCCACUCCAUGUUUCAGAUCGCUCUGGCGUCCCGCGUGGCUGAGUGGGAUCACAGCGAGAAGAUCGGAGACCUAUUUGUGGCCUCGUUUUCAAAGUCCAUGGUGCUGAACGUUUACAGCGACUACAUCAACAACUUCACCAACGCCAUGGCGCUCAUCAAGAAGGCCUGCAUGUCCAAACCAGCUUUCUUGGACUUUCUCAAGAAGAAGCAGGCGUCUAGUCCAGACAGGAUCACGCUGUACGGUCUGAUGGUCAAACCCAUCCAACGCUUCCCUCAGUUCAUUCUGCUGCUGCAGGAUAUGCUGAAGAACACUCCAAAGUCUCACACUGACCGGCUCCCGCUGCAGCUCGCUCUCACUGAGCUGGAGACGCUGGCGGAGAAACUGAACGAACAGAAACGUCUGGCUGAUCAGGAGGCUGAGAUCCAGCAGUUAGCUCACAGCGUCGGGGACCGAAACCUCAACAAGCUGUUGAACUCAGAGCAGAGGCAGCUGAUUCAGUGUGAGCUGCUGACUGAAAUCGUUUACGGAGACAAAGGACAAGUUCUCAAGUCAAAGGAGAGAAAAGUCUUCCUCCUCAACGACACGCUGAUCUGUGCAAACGUCAACCUGAAGGGUCCCCCUGACAUCAGCAGCCUGGUCCCUGUGGGUCCCAAGUACACGGUGAAGUGGUGCGCCCCCCUGCUGCAGACUCAGGUGGUGGAGGUGGGACAGGACAGUCUGCAGAACAGAGAGGGGGUGAUCACCGUCAGGAGGCACAACUCCACCUCUAGCACCACGGGUAAAGUGUUCCUGGGUCCUCCUCGUCUCUACCAGGAGCUGGAGGAGCUGCAGCAUGACCUCGGUGUGGUGGAGGAGGUGUCAGUGCUGGUCAGCACGUUGCAUGGGACCUACCAGAAUCUGAACACCACGGUGUCUCAGGACUGGUGUCUGGCUCUGCAGAGACUCAUCCGUCUGAAGGAGGAGGAGAUCCAAAACGCCAACAAGUGUCGCCUUCGUCUGUCCGUGCCGGGAAAACCGGAUAAGUCUGGUCGUCCUGUCAGCAUCAUGGUGGUCUUUAACACUCCCAGUCCUCUCAGUAAAAUCUCCUGGGUGAACCGGCUCCACCUCGCCAAGAUAGCACAGAGACAGGAAAACACUCCGGGCUGGGAAUGUGCUGAAGAAGAAACCAAGACAAAAUCCCCGUUCAGUUUUCCUCUGCUGACCUGCAAACUUCCUGUUUUCUCCGCUAAGACACACACUCUGAAGCUGGAGGCGGCUCUCCACAGUCCGUCUCAGUCCAGUCUGCUUGGUUUCUGCACUGCCAGCACGUCUUUACCUCAGGGUUACCUCUGGGUUGCUGGUGGAGGAAGCAGCUCCAACCACAGCGGAGAGGUGGAGAUCUUCUCUCUGAACCGAGCCGCUCCCCGUCUGGUGAAGACCGUCCCUCUGAGGGCCCCGGUCCUCUGUUUGGAGUACGUGAAGGAGCCGAGUGCCUUCAUAGAGGAGACGGAGGUGGAGAAAACACAAACGGCAGCGAAGAUCGGAAACAUCAUCUGUGUGGGCCUGCAGGAUGGCAGUAUCCAUGUUUACAGCAGCGUGGACACAGCUGUCCAGUGUCUUCUGACCCUGGUGAACCCCGACAGCUGCCCCGUCCUCUGCCUCAAACACUCACAGUCGUUCCUCUUUGCCGGCCUGGCCAAUGGCAAAGUAGCGGUGUACCACAGGAAGCCUGGAGAGAGACUGUGGGAUGUGGACUCCUGCAGAAUGGCGCCUCUGGGUUUGGAGCCAGUCUGCUGUCUGCUGACACUGGAGGACUCGGUGUGGGCCAGCUGUGGUAACCAGGUGACAGUCCUGCAGGGAUCCAGCCUGCACACUCAGAGUUUUGAAGCCCACCCUGACCCCAGCUGCAGCAUCAGCCACAUGGUACAUUCAGGAGGAGGGGUGUGGAUGGCGUUCUCCCGCGGCUCCUCCAUCCACCUGUUUCACACAGAGACGCUGGAACCUCUGCAGGAAGUUAACAUCUCCACUCGCACCGCCCACCUGACCCCAGGUCAGGUUUAUAUCUCCAGUCUGUUGAUCUGUCAGGGUCUGCUGUGGGUGGGAACCAGCCAGGGAGUCAUCCUCACUUUCCCUGUACCGACGCUGGAGGGAAUCCCCAAAAUCACAGGAAAAGGGACGACAUCCCUGAAUGCCCACUGCGGUCCUGUGGACUUCCUGGUGUCGACCUCCAGCACCCUGGCCUCAGAUCUGCUCAGGCGGGACUCCAUGCUGAACGGCAGCGAGGAUUCAGCUCCUGGAGACGGACGGGGAAGUAAAAACGAGGUUGGCGGAGAUGAAGGGGGGCAGAGGGUGGAGCAGAGUAGCUCUCAGCAGGACUCUGAAUCUCCUCCACCAGGGGAGGAGAAGCCAAAGCGCCUCCUGCUACAGUACCGCCUCUACUCCACCUGCCAGCUGCCGGGAAAGCUGCUGACCGCGCAGCCCGAGCAGGGGAACCCCCGGGCCUCUCAGGACUCCUUGGAGCACAGCCCGGAGGACGGCUCCAUCUAUGAGGUGAGCGAGGACCCUGAUGUGUGGGUGAGGGGGAGGCCUGUGGAGUGGGGGAAGGAGGGGGAGGCCAAGAGGAGUAAAGUCACUUCAACGGCCAUCUUCUCUGGAGGCAGAGGACACAGACGGAUUGGACAGAUGGCCUCACCUGAAACAUGCGCAGACACUGCUGAGAACACGCUGCUGGUGUGGCAGCUUCCUCUGACGCUCAGCCAAUGACAGACGAGCAUGUUGAACAAUCAGUUACUGUUGUUUAUCUGUGGGAUGUUUCAGCAAGACCCGGCAGGAUCGCUAACGCCAAAGGAGCUACAGACCCUUCAGCUCUGACAUUAGGUGUGAAACCUGGAACUUUCUGACCAUAAAGAUGUUAGAGACUGAUAUAAGAGCUAACAAGACCUGUGAAUCCAGCAGCUACCUCCAGUCAGUAAGGUCACCAUGAAGACCAGAGGUCUCCAGCUUUGUCCAGACAAGAUUGUAUGCCACUGCAGUACUGUGCAGAACUUUUAGGCAUGUUAGGGCCAAAAACUGAUGCUGAAGUAAGGCGUAGGUGUGAUGAGUAAGCCCUCUGAGUCAGUAGGAGGAUUGACACAACCCAGGUUGUGCUCUGGAUGUCCUCUUAUAUGACCAGGGGCAUGGGAAAAUAAUCAGUAGAAAUAGUAAUAAAGUCCACACUUUUAGGGCAGGUUAAAAGAUGGAUGUGGCAAGUGAGCACAGUCUAGGGUACAAUCUGGGCAGUUAGUAGGCAGUGUUAAUUUCGUCAACUAAAACUAUGACUAAAAAUGUGAGGGACAAGUAUAAACAAGUCAGGUAAUUUUCUGGAUGUUUAUCCUGAUAUUUUCUGGGUCGCAUGUGUGAAAGGAGCUCAGCAGUCAGGCUUUGAUGCUCCUUAACAUGUCAACAUUGAAAGCACUGAAUUGUCAUUUGACUGCAUACAGAAUCAGAACGAGCACCUUAGCUACGAUACACAGAAAGCAGAAAAAUCUUUCAGGUUCACAGUACUGUGCAGAAGUUUUAGGCAUGUAGAGCGCUAACGGUUCUUCACAGGUCCUGAUGUUCCACAACCCCGGGCUGAAGAGAGGAGGGAGGGC